GCUUGUAGUGCAAACACAAAAUGGCGGUGUCGGAGGUGUCCGGUUCCCCUCUUGUAAUGGCUUUUUUCACGGUUUUAUUGACCGUAUUCUCUACGGGGAGCUGCAGCGACCAGGUACCACUGGUAUUGUGGUCCAGCGAAGGGUACACCCUACCUCCCCAGACCCCUCCGGCAGCCGGACACAUCGUGUCCAGUUCCCAGUUGGAUUCUUACUUGAGCUCUAUUCUUAGCGCUGCCCCACAGAACGUGCUGGUGUUCCUGCAGGACAAGUUGAGCGUGGAUGACUUCACCAUGUUUGGAGGGGUUUUUGGGAACAAGCAGGACAGCGCCUUCCCUUUCCUGGAGUCGGCCCUACAGUCAUCGCCGUCCCCCCUCAUGCUGCCAGCUCUGUCAUGGGCAGGGUCCAGUGCUGUCCUGGGAGUGCUGCAACAGCACCUGGGCACCCCACCACUUUAUCUGGAUCCAUCAAGCUUGACCCAGCUGCGCCUCAAUGCUUCUGUACCUACCCUGCUGGUCAUUCGUCUGCCUUACAGCACUGGCACUGACAUGAUGUCUCCCAAGGAUGCUCUCAGUGGAAAUGAUGAAGUGAUUGGACAGGUCUUGAACAUCAUGAGGGCCCAGGCUGUACCGUACACUGCGAUCUAUACUGCUCUCAAACCCUCACGAGUGACCCAUGAGGUGUCUGUGGGCAUGCAGUCUGUGGGCCGCUCCCUGCUGCAGGCUCCAGCCGGCCCCUAUGCCCCUGUGAUGUUCGAAGAAGGCGGCAAGCCCUGUAUACUAAUGUGGGCGAAGAACCUGACAGUCAGCCUGUGGCAGGACCAGAAGUGGAACCAGAGUGAGCUGGGGCCCCAGACCUUUGGCCAGUCCCCUACUGUGACCCUGACUGGCUCCCUCUGCAAUGACACCCGUUCCCGCCUCGUCCUCAAUUACCAGAAUGUCCUAGGCUUCCAGAAUUUCCGCCUCAUCUUUUCCAUGAGCCGUAGUUUCUACAAGGUUUCUGCACGUGAUUGGUUCACGCUAGAUCAGGUGGAGCUGGAGUAUGAUGGGCAGAAAGCCACCUUCAACGGCAGCCGAAACAUCUAUGCCCCUGCUGAGUACUCCUACCGAUGUGAAUCUGUCACCAACUUUCGCUAUCCCCUGCUGGUGCCUCGUCUCUCUACCGACAACGCUGCCUUGUGGAGGGUUUCAUUCAGUGACUUCCAGAUCCAGGGUUUCAGUGUGACGGGGCAGGACUUCGCCUAUGCCAGUGACUGUGCCAGCUUCUUCACCCCUGGCAUCUGGAUGGGGCUGCUUACCUCGCUGCUCAUGCUGCUGAUCCUCACCUAUGGGCUGCAUAUGAUCACGCAGCUCCGCACCAUGGACCGCUUUGAUGACCCCAAAGGGCCUGCCAUCUCUGUACCCCAGACAGAGUGACAGGGCUGCACCCGUCCCCAACACCCCCCCCGGCUGUUCAUAUCUGUACUCCCUUCUUCCCACUUCUACAGCAACUGAUUGCACUCCAACCUCUCUCCCUGGCUUUCUCGUCUGCAGUAGUUGUUUGCUCCAUUAUUUCUUUCCAGAAUUCUUCCCUCUUCUUUUUAUUUCAUAAUUCCGUAAUUACCAUUACAUUCCAUACUUUUCCAUGUUGCGUGUUAAACGGUGUCUUUGUGGUCGGGUAAAGUAUUUCCUGUAACAGGGCAGGGUUUACACUUAUUUAACACUUCAAAUGGAGAGAACAAUACUGAUGCUGUUCGAUUUUAUCACAGGCAACCAAAUGAUAUUCACUUUAAAGCACCACAGUUUUUAAAUACAACCAAGCAGGCUGACUGUAGUUUGUCUGCUUCAGUGUUGCUGGGAAUUUGUGGAUUUGCGAGCGCUUUCCAGCUGCCCAAUGGCCUGUGCAGCAGGAGACCUUUGUGCUGCAGCAGAGUGCUAGCUGACUGGCAGCUGAGGAAAGCUUGUGAUAGCAGAGUUUAAGCUUUGUGAACCACAAAAUAAGGAGUAUUGAAUCAUAGCAUUUUGCUGUGGAAAACAGUCUUUUCGGGUUGUUUAAAGGAGUCAUUGAAAGAAUCUUGUGGCUCAAUCCAUCGUGGGAUUCACUAUCACUUUAUGCCAUAUUUCCUUCAACAAAAUGGCAACUUUUUCUCUUGUCUCUCCAUUGUCUCACCUGUAUGCAUUAGUGGAGUUCUCACAACACUGAAAGGUUUUUUGAGGAAAUCCUCUUUGUGUGUGUGCGCAUGUGGAUGUGCAUGUGCUUUCCAAUGAAAUUUCAUGGUCGUGUAGAACUGAGAAACUUGAGAAAUGUUUUUUGCUUCCAUUGUCCACUUUUACAGCUUUCCCUGACUCUUUGAAUUUGCUUAAAACUUCUGUCCCCCCAAAAAGCAGUACAGUUUUUGUUUUCAUUAUUCCUAUAAUACAAAAAUGUAUUGGUUUUGAAGUGAAAAUUGUGUACAGUUUAUUGUAACUUAGUUGAAUCCAUAAGAACAUCAGAACUUGUCCAGGUGACUUGUGAAACUGAGAGAAUAUUCUGUAUAUAUGAGGCAAGGAGCUCUCACUGAAUGUGUGUGAAGUGGUAGUAUUUAUUUGUACUUCCUGUGUCCAAGAUGUGAAAUGUAAUGUUGCUUCCAGUGCAUUGGCCCCUAAGAUGAAACUUCUGCUUUGGUUUACGUUUGAGUCUGCAGGUUGAGAAUGCCAUUAAACCAUGUGCUUGUCCAAUAUUCAUGAUGCUUAUAAUUUAUUCCAGUUUAACACUGAAAUUUAAAAGCCUGUUGUAAAGAAAUAUUUUUCAGACCAGACAGUUAAUGAUCCCAAGUUUAAAGAAAACUAAAAGUUCUGAUCUGUUGUCAUCAUAUAUCAUCUGUCAUUCAGAUGUUGUCAAUUAAAGCACCAAGCCUGGAAAGUGUUGCGCUCUACUCGGAGGCUUUAAUUUAAAAAAAAAAAAAAAGAAAAAAGAGUAGAAUAAAUAUUAAAUGAAUAUUGAGAAUAAAUAUUACCUUGGAAAUUAGUAUUCUUCUGUGUUAAAUUUUUAUUAAUGUUGGAAAGACUUAUUUUUGACAUUUUCUUGCCUGUGCAUUGCUUGGUCUGUCAGAAUGUUGUGUACAUGAAGAUCAGAAAAUAAACAGUGUCUGUCAACCUCA